AUGGUUUGCCUUUGUGAGGAAGGUCGUUGCUUGAGAAAAACCCAUUUUCUAAAACCCUUUUCUACCUCCAUCGAUGGCUCUGUAGCCGAGCUUCCCCGUCUUGAUGAUCAACAACGUCUCUCUGAUUCUUCUCUGCAUAAUACCUCUUCUGGGUUUUGGGCUGCAGAUCAUCAUUUCUUCCUAUCAUGGCUUGGAAAAAUGCAAGCUUUGUAUGAACCCAUUUGGAAAAAAGCUGGAAUUUUUGAAGCAAUCAAGGCAUCCACUUACAAAAUCAUAAAAGACACGUCCUCGAUUCUCUCCAUUGCCGAGAAAUGGUGUUCUGAAACCAAAUCUUUCAUCUUUCCAUGGGGUGAAGCAACAAUUACGUUAGAGGAUGUGAUGGUGCUUCUAGGGUUCUCUGUUUUGGGUUCUCCCGUUUUUUCUCCUUUAGAAUGUUCAGAGAUGAGAGAUUCCGCAGAGAAACUUGAAAAAGUAAGACGAGACAGUCUUGGCAAGGCUAAGCGAGUGAGCCAAAGAUCAUGGACUUCGAGCUUCAUGGGUAGAGGUGGUCAGAUGGAGCAUGAAGCUUUUCUUGUAUUGUGGCUUUCACUUUUUGUUUUUCCAGGUAAAUUUUGUCGUUCUAUAUCGACAAACGUAAUCCCUAUAGCUGUUCGUUUAGCUAGAGGUGAAAGAAUUGCUCUUGCGCCUGCUGUUCUCGCAUUCCUGUACAAAGAUUUGGAUCGAAUCUGUGAUUUCUCUAGAGGAAAAUGUGCUGGCAAAGUUAAUUUGAAGUCUCUGUUUAAGUUAGUCCAAGUUUGGACUUGGGAGAGAUUCAGUAACAUAAGACCAAAAGCUAAAGAGAUACCUAAAGGUGAACCUAGAAUAGCUCAGUGGGAUGGUCUGCAACAAAUAUCUAAGAAUGUGAAACUGAGUUUUGAUGUUUUCGAGUGGCGUCCUUACACUAAACCGUUGAAGAACUGGAACCCACUUCGGUUUUACGUUGAUGAAGCUAUGUGGCUGACUGUUGAUGACAGUGUUGAUGAUGCAUUUGCUUCUUUUGCUCGAUGUGUGAAAGUUUCAUACCUUGCUGGAAAUGGUUUUGUUGAAGAUUACUUCCCUUAUCGAGUGGCGAGGCAGUUCGGUUUGUCUCAAGAUCUUCCUGGUUUGGUUACUCGUCGUAGAAAAAUCACAGAAAAGGAUGCUUGGGAUGAUUACAGUAAUUCUCUUGAGGGUUUAAAUCUCUACUUGCCUUCUCAACUUGAUCGAGGUUAUGUCACUGCCAGGUACCAAGACUGGUGGUUUAAAUCAGCUUCAGAAUAUUUUGGUUCUGAAGAGAUACAGAAAGAAUCGACUGAAGCUUUUGAUGCAAGGAAUACAUUUGAUCAUCUUGAUAAAGAUGAUGAUGAUGGUGAUAUUGAUGUAUCUACCAAGGUACCUCCUUUGAGUCAAGUAGUUCAGAAGUUGGAAGAAGGCUUUACUGCAAAACGCAGAAUAUCGAGGAUGCAUAGAUCAGCAAAGAGAUAUAAGAUAACUGAGUCUGAUGUUCACAUGAAGCGAGCUCGUGAGGCUGAUGCUGAGAUUUCUACGGAUAAAGAAGAUGACUGCAUGACCGUUGCUCAAUUGAUCAGAUCUAGGAAUAAGUACUUUAGUGAUGUAGACAAGAAAACUGGAGGUGAUGCUUCUGAAUCACUUGGAAAAAGAAGUAGAAGAUAUAUGCUGGUGGAUAGCGAUGAUGAUUCAGGGCCUUGUCAAAAGCAUGCUUUAAUGAAAGUAGAGCAAAGAAGUGUAGAGGAUGAUGGAACUACCAAAAAAACAGAGAUUACAAGGCAAACAUGUGAUGAUGUAAAUGGAAGUGAUGCAGAGAAGAAGGCAAUAAUCAAUGAUGGAAUCAAGGAGGCAGAUUCUUGGCUACUUGAAGAUAGAGAAAUUGAGAGGAGAUGCAUUGGAAAGUUUUGCAGUGAAGUUAAAAAGGAAGAAGAUGUUGAUGAAAGAUUGAGGCAGAGAACGCUUGCAAUAGAGAAGAUGGCACUGGAGCUGGAGACACGUCUUAGUAAGAUGGAGAAGAGUUUGGCAGAGAUUAGAAAAUGGAAAACCAGAGGAAACCAGACCAAAAAUGGUUUUUCUGCUUAGCUAGUUUAGUUAAUGCCAUUUGAUCUGAAAUUUUUUAAGAGUAUCUCAAUGGAAACAAAACGACAGUGUCACACUCUGGAGAGAAUUGUUCAACUUUUGUGUAGUCAAUUAUUAGAGUUAAGUUGGUG